UAACAAGCGCCUUGUGGCCUUAGUGCCAACUGACACUUCAUUCAACACCAGACGUGCCUACACCAGCGAAGAUGAAGCCUGGAAGUCGUAUUUGGAGAAUCCCCUAACAGCAGCUACCAAGGCUAUGAUGAGCAUAAAUGGUGAUGAGGACAGUGCUGCUGCUCUUGGCCUAUUGUAUGACUAUUAUAAAGUUCCCAGAGAUAAAAGGCUGUUGUCUGUUAACAAAGUGAGUGAUAAUCAAGAAGACCAAGAUAAAAGAAAUUGUCUUAAUACCACGGAAGCUCAGAGUAAUUUAAGCGGGGGAGAGAACCGUGUGCAAGUCCUGAAGACAGUGCCGGUUAACCUUUCCUUGAACCAAGAUCCUUUGGAGUCGUCCAAAAGGGAGUACAACACAAAUGUGUCUGGGAGCUCAACGCCCAUCACGGGGACUGGAGUGACUGUGGUUAAAGCAGAGGAGUUCACCCCUGUUUUUAUGACCCCGCAAGCACACUAUGCAAGAGGAGAAAAUGAGGAGCACCGCGGGGUUAUCUUUGAACCAUACGAAGUGUCCAACAUUGCUCCCCACACAAAUUAUCUCAAAGACGACCAGCGCAGUACUCCUGACAGCACGUACAGCGACACCUUCAAAGAUGGAGGAACAGAAAAGUAUCGCAGUGUGUCCGUGGGGGCUGAAGAAUAUAUUUACGAACAAACAAGCAGCACUUUUCAGUAUACUCUAGAAGCUACCAAAUCCCUGCGUCAGAAGCAAGGGGAGGGGCCCAUGACCUACUUGAACAAAGGACAGUUCUACGCCAUCACCCUGAGCGAGACGGGUGACAACAAAUGUUUCCGACACCCUAUCAGCAAAGUCAGG